UCCUUCCUGUUCAGUUAUAACAACAAUAAUGGCGGCGGCUGCACGGUUUUUCGUCCGAGGUGCACACCCGAAACUGUCUUUCUCCGGUGUCUGCGCCAGCGCUCAGAGGAGUCUCGGUGCUGGUCUGCUGAAAUUGUUGCCGAGCUGUGCAUCCCGAACAAAAACGCACAAAAGGCACGCAGCGCACUUUACUUUCCAACCUGACCCCGUCCCCACACAAUAUGGACCUACUCAGAAGAUGAACUUGUUUCAAUCAGUCACAAGUGCCUUGGACAAUACUCUGGCCAGUGAUCCAACAGCAGUGAUCUUUGGUGAAGAUGUUGCCUUCGGUGGAGUUUUCCGAUGCACAGUGGGCUUGAGAGACAAAUAUGGUAAAGAUCGAGUCUUCAAUACACCCCUCUGUGAGCAGGGUAUUGUUGGAUUUGGUAUUGGAGUUGCUGUAGCUGGUGCUACAGCAAUUGCUGAAAUCCAGUUUGCUGAUUACAUCUAUCCAGCAUUUGAUCAGAUUGUCAAUGAAGCAGCAAAGUACAGAUAUCGCUCUGGAAACAUGUUUGACUGUGGAAACCUCACAAUCCGUGCUCCUUGGGGCUGCGUUGGACAUGGAUCUCUUUACCAUUCUCAGAGCCCAGAGGCCUUCUUUGCCCAUUGCCCUGGCCUCAAGAUUGUAAUACCUCGUGGGCCAGUACAGGCUAAGGGACUGCUCCUCUCCUGCAUCAGUGACAAGAACCCAUGUAUAUUCUUUGAGCCCAAGAUACUUUACAGAGCAGCAGUUGAACAGGUUCCUGUGGAUGCCUAUACCAUCCCACUAUCACAGGCAGAGGUGCUUCAAGAAGGAAGUGAUGUUACUUUGGUUGCCUGGGGCACCCAGAUCCAUGUGAUGAAGGAGGUUGCCAAUAUGGCACAAGAAAAACUGGGAGUAUCCUGUGAAGUCAUUGAUCUGCAGACCAUUCUCCCUUGGGACAUAGACACUGUUUGUAAGUCAGUGGCAAAGACUGGCCGCUUGCUCAUCAGUCACGAGGCGCCAGUCACUGGAGGAUUUGCUGCUGAAAUCAGCUCUACUGUUCAGGAGGAGUGCUUUUUGAACCUGGAGGCUCCAAUCAGCAGAGUGUGUGGUUACGACACUCCUUUCCCUCACAUCUUCGAGCCUUUCUACAUCCCAGACAAGUGGAAGUGCUUGGAGGCCAUCAAGAAAAUGAUCAACUACUAACAGAGCCAACUGCUGCUCUCCUUGAACUCCACUCUUGCCUCUUUCCACUUUAUUUGCCCAAUCCUAGAAGACUGUAAAAGAAAGCCAAGAAAAGACAUUUUUUUGAACAUCCACUGGGGAAGCCGUACCCAGAAGUGCAUUGCAUACCACUGAAGGAGAUGAAUGUUUAUCUACAACAUCUGAGCAGGAGGGGACUGUUACAAAGGGGUAGUGCCCAGAUGCUUUGGUUGGAUAAUGAGUAUUGUGCACAGUAUUUAUGUUUGGAGAUGGUUUUGUGUCCUGUUACUUUACAUUCAUGAAUAUGUACAUUUUAACCUAUACUACAAUAGUUCAAAUUACCAUAAACCUGAUUUAUGAUGGUUUUUAAGGAAAAUAAAAUAAUUUAAAAUUGCAAUACUA